UACUUGUAAUCUGUCACUUCUCCUUUUGACUCCACAUGGUUACAGCACUUCUUUUCCUCUUUGGAUCACACCUCUCGGGACCAGCUGAGUUCAGUUUCUGCUGGAGAAUCCAUUCCAGGUCCUGUGAUUGACUGCCAGCAGUGACAGAGAGAAGUUUAUAUAAAACACAGUGUUUGUUGGACAGACACUGACAGAAACUUCUGUGCAGACGUGGAUCAUGAGUAGCGUGGGAUGGGGACAGGAAUGUGGGGCAGGAUGGCUUCAAAGGGGAUCUUCGCUGGGUAUCUAUGAAGGAGUGACACGUGACAGGUGCUUUCUGAGGCUUUUCUGUACUCAUCCUUUCUUAUCAUGUUUUGCACUUUGAACACUCAUAAAGUUGAUAUGGACAAGCUCUUAGGGGCACAAAUUGGCCUUGAAGAUUUCAUAUUUGCCCAUGUGAAAGGACAGCGAAAAGAAGUGGAAAUUCUUAAAACUGAUGAUAUGCUGGGACUUACCAUUACAGACAAUGGAACUGGCUGUGCCUUUAUAAAGCGAAUUAAAGAAGGCAGCAUUAUGGACCAAACCAAAACCGUCUGCGUGGGUGAUCACAUAGAGACCAUAAACGGAAAAAACGUGUCACAGUGUCGGCAUUACGAAGUUGCCAAAAUGCUAAAAGAUCUGGAGAAAGGUCAGAAGUUUAAGCUGGAGUUGGUAGAGCCUUUGAAAGCAUUUGAAAAGCUGGAACCAAGGUCCAAAGGCAGAACUCUGUCAGAGGCUAAAAUCUCCAAAGGGAGAGAAACACUUCGCCUGAGAGCCAAAGGCCCUGCUACUGUGGAGGAAAUGCCAACUGAAGUUGAAGAAAAAGCAAUUAAGAAAGUGGAUGAGCUUCUUGAAACGUACAUGGGCAUAAGAGAUAUUGAAUUAGCUGCAACAAUUGUGGAAGCUGGAAGAGACAAGAAAAAUCCAGAUGAAUUUGCAGUGGCCUUGGAUGAAACUCUUGGAGACUUUGCAUUUCCAGAUGAGUUUGUAUUUGAUGUGUGGGGAGCAAUAGGUGAUGCUAAGCAAGGACGACUGGAAUGAGAACUGUGGAAUUUAUCAAUCCCUGUUUGAAAAUACAACAUGAUUUGCAAAUACAUCAGAAUGUUAAUAACUUUAUUGAUGUGAAUUCAGAGUGCUCUGCAGAAGUAUUCUGACCUGAGAUUUUUCUUUGCAAAGGAAGGUUUCUAACAGAAAUGAAGGUAAACCCAAACUUGUGACAACUGCAAUUUAAAACAUCUCAUUUACAUAUAGAAAUCACUGUGAGGAGAGUGUCAAGGUGAUAUAUUUAUACAGAAAUUUUAUGAAAAUUAGGUAAUUUUUAUUGUACAUACACUUUGAUAGCAAUAUUCUGAAAAGUGUUAGACAUAUGCAACUAGGAGUUUGGAUUAUUUUAUCUCUUUAGAGAGGUUUAUAAUGCUGUUGAGAAACUACCUAGCUUCAUGCUGCAGUUCCCUGGUUUUCUGCUGUUCCUAUGUGUUACCCUAAAGCCUUAGGUUUUCUUACAGUUUGGCUUGGACAUUGUUUUUACUGUAGGCAAAGCUGGGAAGAAGCUACCCUGUUUCUUUAAAACCCAAAA